AUGACAAUAUCUGCUACAACACCUAGUAGAUAUUUAUUAGCAGCUGCACGUAUUGUUUUAACUCAUGACCAAUUUAAUAAUGGUUAUUUACCGGAUUUUCGUGGUGACAAAACUGGGCGUGUGCCAAUUCCUGAAGCAGCUGUUAUGAAAUUAAAAGAGGCUGUUCGUAAAAGAUUUAGCUUUAAAGAAGCAGAUAUAGAAAAUAUUUGGAAGUCAAUUCGAACAAGCCUCGUACAAAAGGUUACUGAUGUUCGCAAACGGCAAAGUGAAAAAAUUCAAAUACAAGAGCAACAACCAAUUCGUUCAGCUGAAGAACAAAUUGAAAUAGUUUCUAAUACAACUGUCAAUCAAACAGCGAAAUUAUGUGGUGCUUGUUACUCAUCGACGGCAGAUAGUAUUUGCUCAACAAUUCAAUGUAUUCAUGAAGAAAUGAAAAUUCCGUCAGAUGAUAUGGUGGAAAUUGUUCUCUUUGAUUUAAAUGAACAAAUGAAGCUAUUAAUCAAUAAAAAUCUAACUCUUCUUCAACAAUAUCAGAGUGAAGCAAGAACAAAAACAACAUUAGAUGCAAAUGAUAUUGUUUGCGGUGACAUUUAUCAAUCAAUAUUAAAUAUUAAUACAGAUUUUUUUGUAUCAGUUAUGAUUCAUAGUGACGGUAUGCCACUUUAUAAAUCAAAAAAUCGUAACGCAUGGCCAAUAUUAGGUGCUGUUCUUGAACUUCCACCUUAUGCACGUAACCGUGCUGAUAAUACACUUCUCCUGUCGCUUUGGAUAGGAAAAAAAAAGCCAGACUUCAGUAUUAUUUUUAAAAAAUUAUCUGAACAAUUAUCUUGCUUAAAAAAAACAGGUGUUGAAACAAUUAACAAUCAAAAUGUAACAAUCAUUUUUCCUAUGUUAAUGGGAGAUAUGCCUGCUUUGUCUAGUAUGGUCCAAUUUGUGGAACAUAAUGCCUUUUAUGCAUGUAUGUUCUGCAAUACAAAAGGGACCUAUAAUAACGAUGGGCAUUGUGUCAUUUUUCCUUUGGACAACGGUGCUGAAUUGAGAACGAGCGAGAAUUUCGAAAGAUGUGCUCGAUAUGCUGAUUCAAUGCAUGUCAGAGUAGAUCGAGAAAGAACAAUGGGUUUAAAAGGUAUAAGUGCUUUUUCCGAAAUUCUCGACGUUCCUUUACCACAUUCCGUUGUUAUUGAUCCAAUGCAUACAGUAUUUUUAUGUCAUUCUAAAAAACUUCUUAUUCAUUUACAAACAUUUAUUACAAAAGAAAAUCUUGAAAAAAUUCAUUUAAAACUUCGAUCAAUAAAUUAUAUUCAUGAUAUACUUCGUCGACCACGUUCAUUUACAAAUGUAAAAAAAUGGAAAGCAUCAGAAAUUCGAUUAUUUAUUUUAUACAUAGGAUUACCAAUUCUUGCUGAAUUCUUACCAGUCGAGAUUAUUGGAGAUUUAGCACUUUAUAAUGUUAUACUUCGUCUUUUACAUGAUCAUUGGGAUGAUGAUAAGAAAUUAUCCGACUCAAUUUCUUUUUUAUUGAAGCUUUACAUUGAAAAUUUGUUAAAGCAUAUCAAUGCUGGUUUAUAUCCAACAAAUUUACUUACUAUUUCAACUCAUACUCAUCUUCAUUUACCUUUACAAUGCAAAAAAUUCGGACGAUUAAAUUGGUUAACAAAUUUUGUUUUUGAAAGUUUUCUUGGUUUUUUGAAGGGAUUUGUUAAGGGUUCUUCUGGUGCUGGAAAUCAAAUCGCUUUUGCAUUUAUAUCAAAUUUUUAUCUUUCAAAAACAAAAGAAAAUGCCAGUCGUUCAUUUGGUCAUUUCUGCAUUAAUAAUGAUACUUUUGGUAGUAAUAUCCUAAAAGAAGCAAUAGAUGAAACAACAAGUCAUUUUUUGAAUGAAAAUGGAUAUAUUUCUUCGGACACAAUUUAUUUUUCUCGUCUUCACCAUCUUAAUAUUACCUAUCAUUCUUUUCUUUAUUCACGAAAAGGUUCAUCAUGUAGCUAUUUAGUUUCUUAUGAAAAAAAUGAUGUACUUAUGUAUGGUUAUAUUCUUUUUUUUCUUUCAACUGAUAGAAAUUGUUUAGCUGUAAUUCAAAAACUAUCUUGUGUUGAUUAUUCUUUAACUUCUUGUUUUUCAUCUUACAAGUAUAUAACUGCUAUCAAAGAUUUUAUUGACAAUGUAUAUAUUGUUGUUAAACGUGUACAACCUUCUAUGUCGAAACUUGAUCAAGUUGAUAUUUGUGAUAUUAAAUCUCUUCGUUCUCGUUGUUUUUCUGUUCCCUUUGGUAAUGAAUUUAUGAUUCUCACCAACUAUUCAUUUGCCUAUGAGCAUAAUUAA